UUAGAUCUCUCAAAAUACGUACAUUUGUUGAAGUGCCUUAAUAAUUAAAAGUGCUACUGUGUGUGUGUUUUUGUUUGUUACAAAAGCUGUAACUUAAAAACAUAUUCUGCCAAAGUUAUUUGUGUACAUGUUAGGUAUGUAAAAGGCGAAAAUUUUAAAAGGCAGUAAGGUAAUUAAACAAGAUGUCCGAAAGAAUCAGGCGUAGAGAGACAACUUCUGGCGAGUCUGAAGGAUUGUCAGAAAGCUCUUUCGAUGGUCUGGACGUCAAGAAAGGCUCAGAAGGAGAAACAGAUGGCACAAUAAGUACUGAAGGUCAAAAAUCUUACGAAUAUGAUGGAACAGUGGAUAAUGAUGGUGAUGACUCCAGAUCAGAUUGUUCGCCCCCAAGGGAUGGAGAUGAUGGAGACAGUGACAGUAUUGUAAUUGAAUAUGAAAGAGAAGAAGGUGAUGGACAGGAGAGUGUACCACCCAAGGAAAAGAAACUGGAUGAUGAUGAAGACAGAAGAAAUCCCCAAUACAUACCAAAAAAGGGUACAUUCUAUGAGCACGAUGACAGAACUGUUGCAGAAGAUGUUGAUGAAGAAGCAGCUGAUAAAGAAAGUGAACGAGGGAAGGAAAUUCAGGCAACUGAUAAGAAGAAAGUGUGGAAGGAAAAUGAGAAUCGCUGGAGUCAUGAUAGAUACAAUGAAGAUGAACAGACACCAAAGUCCAGAGAAGAACUGGUAGCAAUUUAUGGCUAUGACAUUCGUAAUGAAGAAGCCCCACCUCGUGCUCGUAGGAGAAGGCGUUAUGGCCGAGGUCCAAAUAAAUACACACGCACUUGGGAGGAUGAAGAUGCCUAUACUAAAACAGCAGCUGCUCUUGGUUUACGUGGAGGACGUCGUGGGGGAGGUGUGGUGGGAAGAGGAGGGCGUCGUAAUACUGAGGAAUUCCCUCCUUUGCAACAAAACCAACAGCAACAGCAACAAAUCUCAUCUCAGUCAGAGGGGGAGGAGAGGGUUGUUGACCAGCGUGUUAAGGGUAUUCCUUCACCAACGCUGGAUAAAAAGGGAGUUCAAAACAGGAACGAAGAAAGACAAGCGACCUCAGGAAAAGAUGGUGGUACCAUCACUAUUACAAACUGUAAUGUGUGGAAGAAGGACACUAAUCAGAAUAAUGUAGAAAACAGAAAGGAUGAAAUGAUUCAGAAGUCUCAACCCCCUACCUGGAAAAAUUCACACCAACUAUGUACAACAAAUAAAAGCCAAAUUAUUGUUGAAGAUGAUAAAAAGGAAGAAAAUAGUAGUAAGUGGAAAGGUACUGGGGCAAAUCGGGGUAGGGGACGUGCGAUCUGUGAAACAAAUGAUAGUAGUGUGACAAUAGGGGGAGAAAGUGGGCGGCGAUCUCGUGGUCGUGGAACCUCAAAAGCUGGUCACGGUGGCAGGGGAGCGCCAGUGCAUCAUCAUUCCAAUAGUGAUGGACGAAGCCUAUCUGAAACAAGAGUAUCCUCUCAUGAUGAAGGCAGCAGCAGUGAAAGUGGAGGUGCUGGUUAUCAGAAACCAGCUCACACUUCCACCAAAAAUACAGAAAAGAACGGCAGGCGUUGUUCCUCCAAGAAUGCAACAGGAAAAUGCACAGCGAACAGGCCUAAACGUUACUCAUCUCAGAGGCAGCGGUCUUUACCAGAGAGCAAUGGACCUACGUAUGCACAGCAGCCUCAUGGUUAUUAUUCACCUGGAUAUGUCCAGCAACCUGUGUAUGCAGAGGCACCCCCACCGCCUCCUCAGCAGCCACCACCCCCACCGCCUCCACAACCUGCUCCUAUGAUGCCUCAUCAUCAGCCACCUACGUUUCCACCUCCGUAUGCAUCACCUACAGCAUAUAUGCAACCAGUACCUGCACCACCACCACCACGUAUUUUGCAGCCUCCUCAUGGUCCACCACCAGGACCAUAUGUACAGCCACCACCACCGACUGCUCCAAUAAUAAAUUACAUACCAGCUCAGGGACAGUUCCCACCCCAAGGGUAUCCUGCCUUCCAAGGUUAUGCACCUGUGGCUCCAGGCCAGCCGCCAGAGCUUUUCCAAGCCCAAGGAAUCACAUAUUAUAGCACAGAAGAACAAGUGAUGUCACGGCCACCGCCUGUAGCCCAGAAACGCCAGCGUGCAGCUAUUCCUAUCGUUCCGCCACCAGAAGGAAUGUCGAAGGGUCGUGGCCGCUUACGGGACAGUGACAUUGGUGUUGCGCCUGAUCCUGGUGCAGGUGGUGAUGUCACAGUACCUCCAGUGCAGGAUAUUCAGAUUUCAGAGCAAGACCAAGAACCAACCCCAACUGCAGUUACUGACCAGUAUGCCGAUGCACCUCAGGAUACUACAUUAGUCCCAAGUCCAGCGCCAGCUGAGAGCAUUGUUACUGCUAACGCAGCAAUAGAACAGGAGUCUUGUUUGUAUUGGGACUCUACCCAGCUUCAUAAAAUAUUCCUGUGUGGUCUAGAAAGAAGUAUACCUGUAGAUUCAAAUCCUUUUCUCUUUGAGAAUUACAUCAUUAAUGCAAGUAUUGCAGCUCCUUAUUUGCAGUAGCGUAGUGGAAAGAAAAUGCUUUUAAAUUAUAUUUGCAAAAGAAUCAUGACAGAUUUGCUGUAAGCUAUUUAGAAUCACAUAUUAUUAUGUUAAAUUUUCUGUACUGUUGUCAAAUUACAGUUCUUAAGAUAACUUACUUAUAAGAAUGAAUGUAUUAUUCGAUGCAAAACUAUACUUGUCAUACAGACUAGGCAAUUGUAGCUGUUGCUGUAAGAAAUGAAGUGCUUCCCAGGAAUCUAAGAAAUUAUAACACAGCCUGGCAUUUCCCCCCAUGUGCCAUUACACAGGGUCCAUGCAUGUAUAAUGGCACUGUAGCUUUCAAAGUGAUACAUGGCGGAGAGACAAAGACGAAAGGAAAGAUGAAAAAUUUUUGUGUUUAUUCUGCAUAUUUGUCAUGAUUAUGAGUGAUUGCCUUCAGGUUGUUUUAGUUUUGGUGGAUAAUAACAGUAACAUAGCAGUAAAAUUGUUGUCUGAAAUAUGUUAAAUAGAAUAUGGUUUUGGUAUCACUGAUAGGAGCAAUUUUACAAGUGAAGUCAUUUUUAUUUACAGUUAACACAUACAAUUUAUUGUACAGAAAAAAGUCAUGUGAACAAUGUCCAUAUGAAAAGACAACAUUUCACCUAUUAGUUAAAAAUAAUUGUUACAAGCAAAUAUUAUUUAAUAUCUUGUUGACAAUGUUUUACUUUCUGUAAUUUAUUUAUGAUAUACUCCAUGCAGAAUGGAUUUCAUUACUGAUGUGGUUGACUACUAGUUCCUAUUGCUUUGUGUUGUACAGGUUCUUUGUUUUUCUAAUAUUGUACAGAUUGUACUUUGAAAGUUGUUCUGUCACCUUGUUGGUAGUGGAAUGUAUUUAGUUAAUGAGAUUCACUUUUCAGAUGUGCAUUAUAAAUGUCAAUAAUGUAGACAAAAAGAAGAUAACCUCUAAAUAUAAAUAAAGUUGUCAAUUAUAAUAACUUUAUUAGCUACAGAAUAUCUCAGUUGUUAAGGUCUUUGGAUUAUGCAAUUGAACAUUUUUGAUUAUGAAUAAAAUGAUC